AUGUCCUACAUUUAUUCACAUGACGACAACGAAAUUGCAUCCUCUAUUGAACAGAGGAUACAUGCCAUGCGUAGCUAUCAAGCUGCACUGAGAAGUCGCCGUGCUUCCGAGGGAGCUCGAGACGCCGAGGAGAUACACGACAAUGAACCGCAAGCUUUGGAAGGGUCGCACGCGGUCCAUCAGCAGACUACAGAGCCGACAUUCAAGGUUGUUCAUUUCGAUUCCAGGCCAUAUGAUAUGAUCAGAGACACCUCAGAAGAAGCUCCAGAUGUAGUGCAUCCACUGGAAGAGUGA